UUAAAUUUAGAGCAGUUAUCGGACGCGGCUCUCCCUCCUGAGCGCACUCUCUCCUCCUGCUGCUGCUGUGUCAGGACCAGAGGUUUAAGGGAGCCGAAGCACCAUGAGCCCAGCCAGGACCGUGCCGAUGUUCUUCACCUACAAGCUGAUUUUCUUUCUGACCGUCAUCUCAACUGAGUUUGCAUAUUCAGCAGCAGCGGGCUCUACUCUGACUCUCACCUCCAACCAGACAGCCUCCAACCACAGCAAAUGUGGUGGAAGCACCGGCUGCAUAGAGGGCGUCAUCCUGCCUGUGUGGAAGCCAGAAAACCCAGCCUUCACUGACCGCAUCGCCAGAGCAACCAUAUACUUCGUGGGGUUAGCGUACAUGUUCUUAGGGGUCUCCAUCAUCGCCGAUCGCUUCAUGGCAUCCAUCGAAGUCAUCACCUCCCAGGAGAGACGGAUCACCAUCAAGAAACCAAACGGUGAGAAGAUCACGACGACUGUACGCAUCUGGAACGAGACGGUGUCCAACCUGACCCUGAUGGCGCUGGGUUCCUCCGCCCCAGAGAUCCUCCUCUCCGUGGUGGAGGUUUGUGGGCACAACUUCAACGCCGGGGAGCUUGGUCCCAACACCAUCGUAGGGAGCGCCGCCUUCAACAUGUUUGUCAUCAUCGGGCUGUGCGUGUCUGUCAUUCCUGAAGGAGAGACCAGAAAAGUGAAGCACCUGCGCGUGUUCUUCAUCACCGCUGCCUGGAGCGUCUUCGCUUACACCUGGCUUUACCUGAUCCUGGCUGUCUUUUCUCCAGGAGUCGUGGAGAUAUGGGAGGGCCUUCUCACGCUCUUCUUCUUCCCGCUUUGCGUUGGACUGGCGUACAUAGCGGAUCGCAGACUUCUUUUCUACAAAUACAUGUACAAGCGAUACAGAGCAGGGAAGCGGAAAGGAGUGAUCAUCGAAACGGAGGGCGAGCCAGAACUUCCCUCAAAGGUUGACAUUGAAAUGGAUGGAAAAAUGCUCAACUCUCACGGAGAGGAGUUCACGGAUGGAGAGGCGGGAUUUGAAGGGAAGGAGCUGGACGAGGAGGAGGCCCGCAGGGAGGUGGCGAGGAUCCUGAAGGAGCUGAAACAGAAACAUCCGGAGAAGGAGAUGGAGCAGCUGAUGGAGCUUGUGAAUUACCAAGUUUUGACCCAGCAACAGAAGAGUCGAGCUUUCUACCGCUGCCAAGCGACCAGAAUCAUGACCGGAGCGGGUAACGUCCUGAAGAAGCACGCCGCCGACCAAGCCAAGAGAGCCACCCACGACAUCUUCUCUGAGGUGUCGCUGAACGACUUCUCUUCCAAAGUGAUCUUCGACCCUGGUACCUACCAGUGUUUGGAGAACUGCGGCAGCGUGGCGCUGAAUGUGGUUCGGCGUGGCGGAGACCUGACCAGCACGGUCUCCGUGGAUUACCGGACAGAAGACGGCACCGCCAACGCCGGCUCCGAUUAUCAGUUCACAGAAGGAACAGUUGUGUUCAAACCCGGUGAGACGGAAAAAGAAAUCCGCAUCGAUAUUAUUGAUGACGACAUCUUUGAAGAAGACGAGCACUUCCUGGUUCACCUAAGCAACGUCAGAGUCACAGCUGAGGGUUCGAACCGCCACGAGGCAAACCACGCGGACGCCCUCGCAGGUCUGGGUUUGCCCUGCACGGCCACCGUUACCAUCUUUGAUGACGACCACGCCGGGAUCUUUACGUUCGAGGAGCCAGUGAUGACCGUGAGCGAGAGCGUCGGGGUGAUGGAGGUCAAGGUGAUCCGGACCUGCUGGGGUGGUUUAGGGUUGGAGCUCAGAGAGCUGCACAUAAAGUUCGUACGAAGCGGCGAACAGAAACACGAGGUCACGCGGCGUGUGUGUAAAUGUGGGCGGCGUCUCCCUCUGCCCGCCGUGUUUCUCCUUUGUCGUGUCUCGGGCUUCUGCACGCUUCUCCUUCUGCAAACUCUCUUUCCGGCUUUUCUCUGUUUCAGCAAAACCAUUCGGAUAAAUAUAAUCGAUGACGAAGAGUACGAGAAGAACAAGAACUUCUUCCUGGAGAUCGGAGAGCCUCGGCUGCUGGAGAUGAGUGAGAGGAAAGCUGUGUUGCUUCAGGAAGUCGGUGGAUUCGUUAAGACAGACAAACAGCUGUAUGGCAGAGACAUCUACAGGAAGGUCCAGGGACGAGAGCCGCCCGUCCCCUCCAACAUCAUCAGCAUCGCAGAGGACGGGGCUGAGGAGCCUUUGACAAAGAAAGAAGAAGAAGAGCGGAGGAUUGCAGAGAUGGGCAGGCCAAUGCUGGGCGAACACGUCAAACUGGAGGUGAUCAUCGAGGAGUCAUAUGAGUUCAAGAGUACAGUAGAUAAACUCAUUAAGAAGACCAACCUGGCUCUGCUGAUUGGGACCAACAGCUGGAGGGAGCAGUUUGUGGAGGCCAUCACGGUCAGCUCAGGCGAUGAUGAUGAAUGUGGAGAGGAGAAGCUGCCCUCUUGUUUUGACUACGUCAUGCACUUCCUCACCAUCUUUUGGAAGCUUCUGUUCGCCUUCGUUCCUCCUACAGACUACUGGAAUGGUUGGGCCUGUUUUGUUGUCUCCAUCACUGUCAUAGGCAUGUUGACGGCAGUGAUCGGAGACCUGGCGUCGCAUUUCGGCUGCACCGUGGGCCUCAAAGACUCAGUCACCGCUGUGGUGUUCGUCGCUUUGGGCACUUCUGUACCAGACACCUUUGCCAGUAAGGUGGCAGCCAUUCAGGACCAAUAUGCCGAUGCCUCCAUUGGAAAUGUGACGGGGAGCAACGCCGUCAAUGUCUUCCUAGGUAUUGGUGUGGCCUGGUCAAUCGCUGCUGUCUACCACUACACCCAAGGUCAGGAGUUCAAGGUCAGCCCUGGCACACUGGCCUUCUCUGUCACACUCUUCACCAUCUUCGCCUUUAUCUGCAUCGCUGUGCUCAUCUACCGCCGCCGACCGGAGAUUGGCGGGGAGCUAGGCGGACCCCGUGUCCCAAAGAUCCUCACCACUUGCUUGUUCUUCAGCCUGUGGUUGAUGUACAUCGUCUUCUCCUCCCUGGAAGCCUACUGCCAUGUAAAGGGCUUCUAACAGCGCCACUCCAGACCCUCUUCAGGACUUUUCUGUUGGAUUCUAGGUUGCUGCAUAUACCGGUGGUACCAUCUAAAGGUUAUACGAGGGAUUGACCUGAAUGGAUUCGCUGUAGUUCAGUUCACAUUCUUCACGAUCAUGAACAGGGACAGGGCACAUAAAACAAAAUAAAAUACAUUUUAAAAAACAUCUUGAAUGGGUUGGGGUUACAAUCAUACUGGGUGGCUUUUUAAGGGUUUGAAUAAAAUCUAGUGACUUAGCAGUUUCUAUAAUUUGUUACUUGUCUGAAAGUUUAGAUUGAUGAACAUUUCAACAGGUUUCUAACAAGUUUUGUUUGUUCUUUUCCCCCUAUCUCUGAAUAUCGGAGUUCUUUAAGGUUCUACUAAAGGUACAGAAGUUUCUCAUGUGACGCCAUGUGCUCGAGAGCUGUCUGCCAUAUUAGACGUGAUACAACCACUGGUUGCUGUGGAAAAAUGUCUAUUUCCUGACUGAUUUGCAGUGGUUGCUGGUGAUUUCUGCCUCUCACUGGGUGAAAUUAGAUGCUAAAAAAGGUUUGCACCAGAAAACUGAGUGAUUGCUUUGGUUGCUACCAGGUUGCCAUGGGGAAAUGUAGUUUUUCACAUUUGUCUUCAAAUCCUUGCAAACUCCCAGCAACACCCACUGGACGUUCAGAAAGUUUGCCUUUAAAGUAAAAGACCACAACAACUGCCAUCAGCCUCCAGCAACAGCUUACAACCAGUGGUAUAAUAGUGCUGUUUCCCUCACAAACAGAUGGUUGCAGCCGCUCUCUAGGCCUGUGUGACCUGAGUACUAGUCACCUGAUUCUACAGUAUCACCAUGAUCCAAAAUGGCAGACAAGCGUCACAUGGUUGGAGUCACAUAUUUGCAAACCCUCAGUGAGAGGCUCAAAACCUGUUUGAUGGCUUUCUAAAGGCUCCGACGGUACCCGGUGGACUCUCUUCUGCUGUGAAGGAUCUCUGAAGGUUCUAGUGGAACCCUGGGAACUGAAACUGACUCUGGUGUCCAUAUCGAACUGUUCUCUGGCUGCUGAGCAAUGGUGACUACUUUCAUUCUCACAUACCUCCCAACCAUGUAAAAAAUCCAUCCGAACCUUUCAGCGAUGUCUAAUGUAAACUACUUUAUUUUGACGUGCAUGGACUUUAAACCACAUCACGAGUAGUCGCGGCGAUUAAGGAGAACCGGAGUGACUUUUAGUGUUUUAGGUGACUCAGGUAGUGUUGCACCUACAUUAAUAUCUGCACUGAGUUUGAAUUAAAGAAGAGUUUAAUCAGAGAUGCUGAACAGCAGCUGGCUUGAGUUGGACCUGAGCUGCUGCUUCAGUGGAGUCAAACACUGAGGAAACGAUGUAUGCUUGAGUGUGAGUUCCUACACUGAUGACAGAAAUGUGAUUGGCUGUUUGGGUGAUGUAAACAUUAGUUGCGUCUUCAUAAUGCAGUGUCUUUGUUUCAAGUAUUAAAGUAGAGUGUCAGUAAA